GUUGCUGCUUCAGCCAGUGGUGGGUUUGGGUGAGAAGUGUGGUUAUAAUUAGAGCAGCGGCCAGUCCUGACUUCUCCACCAGCCCCCUCCAGCACAGCUGGACCUGCCUACUGCACAGGCAGGAGCCUGAGAGGCUGCUUUGGCCUUGAAAAAUGAUCCUUCUUAAAAGGAUUUUCCUUCUUCCUCGAGGAAAAGAAAACCCACUGAUAUAAAACCACACUUCCCAUCUGGUUUCCCCUGCUAAAUGCCACUCCAGUAGAGACUGAGUGCUGAUAAAGACAGAGGAAGGAAAAAGUCAGCUCUGUCCUCUGCUGCAGAGGAUGCACCCCGGCCACCUCCCCACGAUCGAUCGGCUCGCGCACACUCAGGGACGCAGGUGGAGCAGAUGCUGACUCAGCCCGUUCUAUUCAGACUCAAGAAGUAAGAAGAAAUUGGGAAGCUAUGGGCAGGGCACGCCGCCCGCCCCCCGGGCAGCACCCGCACUGCGAGGGAUGCUUCGACCGCCACUGCCACGCUCCGGCCGAGCCCGGCGUCUCCUGCCCGGUGAGGAGCUGCCGCCUGCUCUGCGGCGCUGCCUUCCACGCGUGCAAAGAGGCGGAGCACGCGCUCCUCUGCCCGCUGGAGCAGGUUCCGUGCCUCAACUCGGAAUACGGCUGCCCGCUCUCCAUGCCCCGCCACAAGCGGGCCAAGCACCUGCAGGCGUGCCCCGCCAGCGCGGUCUGCUGCUCCAUGGAGUGGAACCGCUGGCCCAACGUGGACUCGGAAACCACCCUCCACGAGAACAUCAUGAAAGAGGCCCCCAGCGAGGAGUGUCUGGACACAGCCCUGGCCCUGCAGGACCAGAAAGUCCUCUUCAGAUCCUUGAAGAUGGUAGAACUUUUCCCAGAAAGGAGAGACGCGGCCGAGGAGGCGGCAGCUGUGAACGGGGGCGCGGGCGCGGAGCGCACGGGAGGAGCGGGGGGCGCAGCGGGUGCCGGGGCGCCGCCACGCGGCUGCCUGUCGCCCGCUGACGGGGAGGCGGCAGAGCUGAGUCGAGAAGAACGAGAGGCCUUAGCCAAAACCAAGGAAGGGCUGGACCUGGACAAGUUCGGCAAGUGGGAGAAUAUGUUCAGCAAAGAGCACGCAGCGUCUGCUUUAGCGAAGUCGCCGGCGAGCUGCGAGAGCCAGAGCAGGCCCGGCUUGGGGAAAGGCCAGGUCCCCAGCGGCCGAGACGCGGCAGAGGGAGAGGGCGCUGCCCAAGGGAAGGAACCCCAGGGCGCGCAGACGCCGCGGGACUUCCACACAACCAUGGAAACCACAGGGCUUGCCCCGUGGCAGGACGGCGUUCUGGAAAGACUGAAAACAGCUGUGGAUGCAAAGGACUAUAAUAUGUAUCUAGUGCACAACGGGCGGAUGCUUAUUCACUUUGGCCAGAUGCCGGCUUGUACGCCUAAGGAGAGAGACUUUGUUUACGGCAACCUUGAGGCUCAGGAAGUUAAGACUGUUCACACCUUCAAAGUUCCGGUGAGCUACUGCGGAAAGCGAGCUCGAAUUGGAGAUGCCAUGCAGAGCUGUAGGCCAAGCGAGCACAAGGCGGUGGACACUUCAGAUCUGGGCAUCACCGUGGAGGACCUGCCCAAAUCAGAUCUCAUCAAGACCACCCUCCAGUGUGCUUUGGAAAGAGAGCUCAAAGGUCACGUCAUCUCUGAAUCCAGGAGCAUCGAUGGGCUGUUCAUGGAUUUUGCCACACAGACGUACAACUUGGAGGCAGAACAGUUCUCCUCUGGGACGGUGCUGGCUGACCUGGUAACCACUGCCAGCCCCGGGGGGCUCCACGUGGAGCUCCACAGCGAGUGUGUGACCAGGAGACACAACAAGAGCAGCUCUGCUUUCACUUUCACUUGCAACAAAUUCUUCAGGAGGGAUGAGUUCCCCCUGCACUUCAAGAAUGUUCACACAGACAUUCAGUCAUGUCUCAACGGCUGGUUCCAGCACCGAUGCCCCCUCGCCUACUUGGGAUGUACCUUUGUUCAAAAUUAUUUCCGUCCCCCGGGGCAAAAGGCAAAAGUGAUCUAUAGUCAGGAGCUCAAGACCUUUGCCAUCAAGCCGGAGGUUGCUCCAGAGCUGAGUGUGGGAAGAAAAAACAACUAUCUCUCAGGCCACGGAGGAAAAAGCCAGAAUUCUCUAACCAGCCUGCCGCUGGAGAUUUUGCAGUACAUUGCUGGGUUCUUAGACAGCAUCAGCCUGUCCCAGCUCUCCCAGGUGUCUGUGCUGAUGAGGAAUAUCUGCGCCACUUUGCUACAAGAGAGAGGGAUGGUCCUCCUGCAGUGGAAGAAGAGGUAUUCCCACAGAGGCCCCUCCUGGAGAGUCCACAGACAGAUCUGGCAGUUCAGCAGCCUCUUCUCCAAAAUCAAGAGCUGGGAGUUUAAUGAAGUCACCUCCAUGUCCGAGCACCUGAAGGCCUGUCCUUUCAACAUUGUAGAGCGCAAAACUGACCCGGUUCUUUUAACCAGCAUGUGUGAGCCCCGUGAGCAGGCCAGAGAAAGCCUGGUCUCCACCUUUAGAGCCAGAGCGCGAGGAAGAUACACCUCCUAAAGAUUCAGAUGCCGCCAGUCUUGGAUUUCUCCUUGGAGUUGCUGAAAGCAUUGGUAGGACAGAGUGUGGUUUUGAAGAUUCCCUUCAGUAAACUGUACAUUUGCUUUAUCAGGGUGUAUUGGAACACACGAUGUUCAAAUAUAAAACCUCCACAGUCUCACCAGACCUUCAAACCUCUGUGGUCACACAAAACCCAAGGGUUUCUUAAGCCUUGGCUUGUAACCAUAGUGCCAUAUUGAUGGCUUAGUUCAUUUCCUUUUUUUACCCCUUAGAACAGAUCAGUCUGAGGAGAAAAUAA